UUCAAACCCCGCAGCAGUCAGUCGGCAGCCGCCCGUGCUGUACCAACCGGGGGUGAUAUUUUCCGCUCUCGUAAAGUUCAUCUCUCGUCAGCAUCGUAAAAGGGGAAAAAAACAUCACACGGGCUCGUGACAGGCGGUGACUGGCGGAUUUGUAACGAGAACACGGAGAACGGCGAUCCCCCCCUCGCUCGCGAGGCGCGCUGUAGCAACAACGUCGAGACGAUUGCCUGACUGCCUGCAUUCGCAAAAACUACGGGGGAUGCGAGACACGGUGACGGGCGAUGACGGGACAAGCGUGGGGGUCGAGGUUCCUCUUCGUUCUGGCGACGAUCACGAUCGUUAUCGCCAAUUAUCAGCGGCAUCGCGACAGAUCCCACCUGCGCGAGCAGCUUGUUAACGGCCACAAAAUCACCAGGAAUAUCACUCAACUGCAAGAGGAGAUAACCGCCAAUCUGCCGCCGUUGCGAGUGCCGCGCUUGCGGCAUCACCGUGUCACAGAUUGGAAUCCGUACUUCGAGAAUGCGGAUGGCCAGGGUAUCAACGGGUCGCAAAGCGUGGCGUUGCACCUCGGCGCGACUGCCCUGCUCGACUGCCGCGUGGCCAUGCUCUCCGGCAAGAAGGUCAUGUGGCUGCGACGGAACGCCGACUGGGCGUCCCUCCUGACUCUCGACAACACCACUCACACCUCGGACUCGAGGUACAGCGUGAGAUUCCAGUACCCGAACAACUGGAGACUGGCCAUCUCCGGCGUGCGGAGGGAGGAUCAUGGGGUGUACGUCUGCCAGGUCAACACGCACCCGCCGCGGAUGUUGGUUACGAACGUCACCGUUCUCGCGCCGGAUAUUAGAAUCGUCGACGAGGCCAGGCACGAGCUGCGGGACCGAUACUACAAGACCGGAAGCGGUAUCGAGCUAUCGUGCGUUGUCCGGCCAUCCUGCCCCGACUCGAGGGUACCGUAUCCCGUCUGGCGGAAAAAUGGUGAGAUGUUGCCGGAUCACGUCAACGUUUAUCACGUUAAUGGAUCGAACGAGAACAUGAUUACAAAGCUGCACAUCGAGCGAGCGAAAAAGACUGACAGCGGGGAGUAUACGUGCUCAGUGAGCCAAUUCAGCACGACCGCGGUGCACAUUCACGUCCUAAAUGGUGAGAAGCAAGCCGCGGUUCAUCACGAUCAAUGGAACGCAGCGCGCGCCGUCAAUCAUCACGCGGCUUUCGUCGAGUUUUACGCAGUGUUCGUCAACCUCCUGCUUCACCUGUGGCGAACUUAUCAGCCCCUGUGAAAAGUUAUUUUUUCAAUGUCGGACGCGAGCGCGCGUCGCGCUCAUCGAGCUUGAGCUUGAGAUUCCCGGCGAUGUUCUUAUCGAUAUCCUCCGUGCGCCAACAUGCUUCGAAGCGAUCCCAGCGAGAUACGAGUUCUUCAGUCAUUCGCUCCUUCGUCCCCUCUCAUCAUCGUACACGACGGCAUUACUACACAGCCACACAAGCUGUGAACGUUGAAUGAUUCUGUGUCAGUAUUAAAAAACGCUAUAAAUAAACUGAGCAUCGAUGUUCAAAUAAAUAUCGUACUUGU